CGUUGCAAAAAUAUGCCAAAUCGCCUCAGCGUUGCGCUUUUACGGUUAAAUUGUGUUUUCUUUCUGGCUACGAGCCACGUCAAGAGCGCUGAACCGGAUUACCUCUUUCCAGAUUCAGAACAAGACCUCUUCAUUAAGCAGCACUCUGAAUUUUUCAUCAGUCAUCCAGAAAAAGUGGACAGCCAUGGGAAAUUUAUCUCAUACGCUUUAUUGCAUCACUUCACGGACCGGCGACAUAAGAGAGACCUGAGUUCAGAAGACAGGCGGGUGUAUUACAAACUCAAAUACGAUGGCCGGGAAUUGACCCUCAAUCUAACCACCAACGACAACCUGCUUUCCAAUGAAUAUGUGCUGGAGAGACGGAAUGGGAGUUCAGCAGAGAAAUGGCCACAAACAUUUAGGAAAGGCGCCUGUCAUCUUAUUGGCACAGUAACGGAUGACAUUGUGCAGGGGACGGCCGCCAUCAGCACCUGUGAGGGAUUGAGGGGGCUGUUAUAUUUACCUGAUGGGCUGUCAUUAAUUGAGCCUGUCCGUGGCCACGUCCCGAACAUCACUCAUCCACAACACCCACAUGUGAUCUACCGGAGCUCAACAUGGAGAAGCCUCAGACGGCGACGCAACACGGAUGCACAAAGGGUUCACCACAGUCCCUGUGGUGUCAAAGAUGGUCCGCAGUAUUCCCAACUGGUGGAUCUAGAGAGGGAGCGCUGGGAACAGGAACAGCGGCAUCCACAGGGUGGGGUUCAUAAUGAUGAUCUGGAAUGGGAACGGCCACGGCGGAUCUCCCCGCGCUCCAUCAGUAAAGAGCGCUGGGUGGAGACCAUGGUGGUUGGUGACUCCAAACUCGUGGACUACCACUGGAGUGGGAAUGUUGAGUCCUACAUCUUCACCAUCAUGAACAUGGUGGCUGGAAUUUUUCAUGAUGCCAGCAUCGGUAAUGCUAUCCAUAUCGUGUUGGUCCGACUCAUUCUGCUACAUGGAGAGGAGAAAGGGCUGAAGAUCGUUCAUCACGCUGAUACGACUCUCACCAACUUCUGUACCUGGCAAAAAAACCUCAAUCCUCAAAGUGACACUCAUCCAGCUCAUCAUGAUGUCGCUAUACUUAUCACCCGGAAGGAUAUCUGUGCAGGCAUGAAUCAACCAUGCGAGACGCUCGGCUUGUCUCACCUGUCAGGCAUGUGCCAGCCGCACCGCUCCUGCAAUAUCAAUGAGGACUCGGGACUACCUGUCGCUUUCACCAUCGCUCAUGAACUUGGACACAGUUUUGGAAUCCACCAUGAUGGACAAGGCAAUGACUGUGAGUUUGUGGGGAGACAUCCCUUCAUCAUGUCCCGCCAGCUCCACUACGACUCCUCUCCCCUCACCUGGUCGUCCUGCAGCAAGGAGUACAUAACACGCUUUCUCGAUCGCGGAUGGGGUUUCUGUCUGGAUGAUCGCCCAUCGAAGAGGGAUCUGACCACCCCAGUGGCGGCACCCGGAGUACGAUACACGCCCCAGCACCAGUGCCAGCUGCAGUAUGGACCCAAUGCCACUUUCUGCUCAGAAGUGGAUAAUGUGUGUCAGAUUCUGUGGUGCUCAGUGAAUGGAUCGUGUCGUUCCAAACUGGACUCGCCUAUAGACGGAACCAGGUGUGGACCUGAUAAGUGGUGUAUCUCUGGUGAGUGUGUAAUCGUAGGGAAGUUACCGAAAACUGUGAAUGGAGGGUGGGGUCCCUGGAGCGAAUGGUCUCAUUGCUCUCGUACCUGUGGAGCUGGUGUCCAAUCAGCAGACAGAGAAUGCAAUCAGCCAAAGCCUGAGUUUGGAGGGAUAUACUGUAUGGGCAAACGGAAGCGCUACAGGAUUUGCAACACAAAGCCAUGUGCCAGAAAACAUCCUUCCUUUAGAGAGAUGCAGUGCAGUGAAUUUAACACAGUGCCUUAUCACAACGAACUCUACGAGUGGAUACCUGUCGCUAGCACCUCACGUCCAUGUGAGCUGUACUGCAAGCCCGUGGAUGAGGAUUUUUCUGAGAAGAUGUUGGAAGCAGUCACUGAUGGAACGCCCUGCUUCAUGAACAACAACAGCAGAAACAUCUGUGUCAAUGGUGUGUGCAAGGAGGUCGGUUGUGAUUUUGGCAUUGAUUCUAAUGCUAAAGAGGACAGCUGUGGUGUGUGUCUCGGCGAUGGAUCCACGUGUGAGACAGUGAAGGAGACCUUUGUGAAGCAAGAUGGAUUUGGUUAUGUGGACUUGGUUUUAAUCCCAGAGGGAGCUCGGGAUAUCUUCAUACAGGAAGUGGAAGAGGCUGGGAAUUUCCUGGCGAUCCGAGUAGGUGAUUCGGAGGAGUAUUACCUGAAUGGGAAUUACAUAAUCCAAUGGAACGGAGAGUACGAGGCGGGCGGAACAAAGUUUUACUACGACCGCAGAGGCAACGCGGAGAAUCUGACAUCAGCAGGACCAACAACUGAACCUGUCAUGAUCCAGCUGCUGUUCCAAGAACAGAAUCCAGGAGUCAAAUAUGAGUACACCAUUAAGAAGAGUCGCCCACUGGGGAAUGAAAUUCCAGAACCGGAGUACACCUGGAAAUAUGGAGCCUGGACUGACUGCAGCACCUCCUGUGGGAUUGGUGUACAACAUCAACCUGUGCGUUGUUUUGAGGCAGAGGUGGGCGUGGUCGAGGAAACGCUUUGUGACCCCAGUACACGUCCCGACGACAGACAUCGCAAGUGUAAAAACAUGGAUUGCCCUGCAAGGUGGUGGGUAGGUGGAUGGCAGACUUGCUCAGCCACAUGCGGUCCAAAUGGAGUGAGAAAGCGCACAAUUCUGUGUGUGCGUACGGUGGUUGGAGAGGAGCGGGUUCUACACCCUGGAGACUGCAAGCAGUUGCUCAAACCCAAACCUGUGGUACCCUGCAACCGAGAUGUACCAUGUGGGUCAGAAUGGGCUGUGGGGAACUGGAGCGAGUGCUCUCUGUCUUGCAAUGGCGGCAUAAAGUCGAGAAUCGUCAAGUGUGUGGCAAAACAACCAGACCGAUGCAACCCUGCCAAUCGACCUCGCUCCACGAUCUUCUGUAAACUUCAGAGCUGCUCAUCCACUAAUAGAUGGACCGGUUCCCCCUUCAGACCACGAUUCCGACCAAGAGUUCCCCCCACAAUCCCAACACAGGCCCCUGGAAUCCAACCUGGAACUCCAGAAUCAAGCACCACUAUCAUGCCACCAAACUUCAACACCAAUACUCGCAUUAUAACACACACCAGAGCUUUCCCAAUGGCCACAACCAUAACAACAUCUGACAUCAUCCAUGAAGACGACCAAGACUUUAUUCUGGUCAGAGAUGGUAACAAAGACAAAGGGGAUCAUGAACCAGUUCCCACAGAUACUAAAGACCCCAGUUUUCCUGAGGACGAGGAAGGAAGCACAGACCUGCAGCCUCCUGAAAAAAGUUCUAGAUACAUGCCGGGUUAUGAUUACAUAGUAGAAGAUACAUCUGGAGAAGAAAGGGCGACUGAGGACAAUAUGUUUACCAGCCCAUUUCCUGUAAGGUCAUCCACUGAUGGACCAACCACACAAACGCCUGUACACACAACUCAUCCAACCUUGAAUAGAACACUGAUACACACUAACAUCCCUACAACGAAAUCAGCCACUACUAGCAGAUCCCAAUACAAUGUCCACUUGACUGACACUAAAACUCCAGAUUUGAUCACUAUAACUACUCCUAAGUGGGAAUCUGAGCCAAGAAGUCCAUACAAAACAAAUACCACCACAAACCCAAGGUCAGAAUCAGUAAUGUCACACGUCAGUACUCGGAGUCCACAACCUACUGUUCCUACAGUGAAAAUACUGAGAAAGACAUCACACAUACUGAAAAGUCCCAAUAAAGGCAAGGUGCCUAAAGUAGACAAGCUGAAGCCAGAGAUGGUGAGCACCACGAAUGAUUACAGGAACCUGAACGCACAAGAUCCCAUCAGCAGGAAUGCCUACUGGGAAGUCGGCAACUGGAGUGAUUGCUCCACUACAUGUGGUCUAGGGGCGGUGUGGCGGUCAGUAGUCUGCAACUCAGAGCGUGAGGAAGACUGUGCCAGUGUAAAAAAACCAGAACCAGCCCGACGAUGCAACCUACGACCCUGUGCCACCUGGAUGACUGGCGACUGGACCAAUUGUCCUGAAGGUUGUGUGAGUGAUAUGAAGCAUCGAGAUGUGCAGUGCAUUGACACACAGAGCAGACGUCCAUUGAGGCCCUUUCACUGUCAGGUUCUGUCAUACAAACCACCCAGUAGUUUGCCCUGCUACACCCGACCCUGCCUGCAGUGGAAGUACUCACUCUGGGGCAAGUGCUCUAAAAGCUGUGGGCAAGGGCUGAAAAAAAGACUUGUGUACUGUCCAGAGUACCAGCGCUGUAACAUCACACUCAAACCCAACAGCACUGAGUCCUGCAGUCUGCAGCCCUGCACCAGCUGGACUACUGAAACCUGGAGCCAGUGCUCCAGAAGUUGUGGUGGAGGAGUUCGGAAGCGAGCGGUGAGGUGUGUAAACGAGGAAUCUGGAGAUGAAGAGAAAACUUCAGUGUGUGCACAAAAUAACAAACCAGACACUGUUCAGAUCUGCAACCCAGAGGAGUGUAAACCUGAUUUAGGUCUAGUUUGCAAGAAAAACAGCAUGUCAACACGUUUCUGUGAGAAACUGGAGCUGCUUGGUCGAUGCUCCCUGCGCUCUAUCCGCAAGCAGUGUUGUGUCACUUGCAUGAUGUAACAUUUACUGAGGGUCAUGGCAAGGUCAACCUUGGGUCAAUAACCCAAAGCGCAAACUACUGGACAUUCUGCAAACUGGGUUCAUGGUACCCUUAGAGACACAGGCAUUAUAUUCAGAUGUGUCUUUUUUUACUUGAACAUAAGAAAAAGCGUGCUUUGAGAUACAGUUGUGCUCAAAAGUUUGCAUACCCUUGGAGAAUUGGUAAUAUAUGUUCCAUUUUUAAAGAAAACAUGAGUGAGCAGGCAAAACACAUUUCUUUUAUUUCUUAUGGGAUUCAUAUUCAGCUGUAGGUUAUAACAGAAUGGCACAAUCAUAAAACAAAACAUGGUAACAAAGAAAAAAAUGAAAUGACCCCUGUUCAAAAGUCUGCAUACCCUUAGUUCUUAAUACUGUGUAUUGCCCCCUUUAGCAUCAAUGUCAGCGUGCAAACCUUUUGUAAUAGUUGUCUAUGAGGCCCCAAAUUCUUGCAGGUGGUAUAGCUGCCCAUUCGUCUUGGCAAAAUGCCUCCAGGUCAUGCAAAGUCUUUGGUCAUCUUGCAUGAACCGCACGUUUGAGAUCUCCCCAGAGUGGCUCGAUGAUAUUAAGGUCAGGAGACUGUGAUGGCCGCUCCAGAACCUUCACCUUUUUCUGCUGUAACCACUGGAGGAUCAACUUGGCCUUGUGCUUAGGGUCAUUGUCAUGCUGGAAAGUCCAAGAACAUCCCAUGCGCAGCUUUCGUGCAGAAGAAUGCAAAUUGUCUGCCAGUAUUUUCUGAUAACAUGCUGCAUUCAUCUUGCCAUCAAUUCUCACAAGAUUCCCUGUGCCUUUAGAGCUCACACACCCCCCCAAAACAUCAGUGAGCCACCAACAUGCUUCACCGUGGGGAUGGUAUUCUUUUCACUAUAGGCUUUAUUGACCCCUCUCCAAACAUAGCACUUAUGGUUGUGCCCAUAAAGCUCUAUUUUGGUCUCGUCACUCCAAAUUACAGUGUGCCAGAAGCUGUGAGGCGUGUCAAGGUGUUGUCAUUUGUGGCAUUGGCACAGUAAAAGCUUCCUUCUGGCAACUCGACCAUACAGCUCAUUUUUGUUCAAGUAUCGUCGUAUUGUGCUCCUUGAAACAACCACACCAUCUUUUUCCAGAGCAGCCUGUAUUUCUCCUGAGGUUACCUGUGGGUUUUUCUUUGUAUCCCGAAAUUUCAUUCUUCUGGCAGUUGUGGCUGAAAUCUUUCUUGGUCUACCUGACCUUGGCUUGGUAUCAAGAGAUCCCCGAAUUUUCCACUUCUUAAUAAGUGAUUGAACAGUACUGAAUGGCAUUUUCAAGGCUUUGGAUAUCUUUUUAUAUCCUUUUCCAUCUUUAUAAAGUUCCAUUACCUUGUUACGCAGGUCUUUUGACAGUUCUUUUCUGCUCCCCAUGGCUCAGUAUCUAGCCUGCUCAGUGCAUCCACAUGAGAGCUAACAAACUCAUUGACUAUUUAUACACAGACACUAAUUGCAAUUUAAAAAGCCACAGGUGUGGGAAAUUAACCUUUAAUUUCCAUUUAAACCUGUGUGUCACCUUGUGUGUCUGUAACAAGGCCAAACAUUCAAGGGUAUGUAAACUUUUGAUCAGGGCCAUUUGGAUGAUUUCUGUUAUCAUUAUGAUUUAAAAAUGAGCCAAACAACUAUGUGAUGAUAAAUGGCUUCAUAUGAUCACCAUCCUUAAAUAAAACACAGUUUUUUUGCAUGAUAAGUCAUAUUUUCAAAAUCAGUGCCAAAAUUUCACAAUUUCUGCCAGGGUAUGCAAACUUUUGAGCACAACUGUACAUAAAAAUACAUCAAGCAUUAUUUUUUUUUACAGGAUUCAGCAUCAGUUAGAUGUUUUAACGUAUAUCCAAGUACACAUGGAAUCUAUGCACACAGAAUUCCGCAAAAAGCUCCACAGAUUUCGGCAGAAUUUCAACACCCGCCACUUACAAAGUUUUAUACAUCCCCUGUCCCUUGCAUGUUCAGUUAAAUUUAAUGAAAUAUUUUCGCUGAUUUGAUUAUGCUUUCAGCUACCAAAAUUUUAGGACUUUCAGCUUUAACACAUUUGACCUUGUUUACACAUAUAUUCCCCCAAAAACUAUAAGUUCCUACCUGCCUACAGGUAUGUUUUUCUCUGCACUUAGUUUGGAAAAUGAAUACCAUUUUUUUUAAUAAUGCAUUUUUUUUAUUUUACUCACAAAAGUAUGUAUUUCUGACAGAACAAACAUAAUAAUUUGGUUCACCAAUCUAAAGAUAUUAGUUCACCAUGAAAAAAAUGCCAUUUAAAGGGAUAUUUCACCCAAAAUUGAAAAUUCUCUCAUCAUUUACUCAUCUUCAAGCCAGAUGUGUGUGACUUUCUUUCUUCAGCUGAACACAAACAAAGAUUUUUUGAAAAAUCAGCUCUGUUGGUCCAUACAAUGCAAGUGAAUGGUGACCAGACUUUUGUAGCUCCAAAAAUCACAAAGGAAACAUAAAAGUAAUCCACAUGACUCCAGUGGUUUAAUCCAUGUCUUCAGAAGCAAUAUAAUAGGUGUGGGUGAGUCCUUUUUUUUUGCUCAAAAUCUCCACUUUCCCUUUCAGAUUUGAAAGUGAAACUAAACAGGCACCACAUGUGACUUUCAGAUGUACAAGUGAAAGUGGAGAUUUAGAGUAAAAAAAAAGGACUAACAUUCUGAUCUGUUUCUCGCCCACACCUAUUAUAUCUAUUAUUAUUUUAUUUCCUUUAUGUGAUUUUUUGGAGCUACAAA